AUGGAUGACGAACAGUGCUACUACAACGAGAGCAUCGCCUUCUUCUACAACCGCAGUGGCAAGUACCUCGCUACUGACUGGAACACCGUAAGCAAGCUGGUGAUGGGCCUGGGCAUCACCGUGUGCAUUUUCAUCAUGCUCGCCAACCUUCUGGUGAUGAUCGCCAUCUACGUCAACAGGAGAUUUCACUUCCCUAUCUACUACCUGAUGGCCAACCUGGCAGCUGCAGACUUCUUCGCCGGACUGGCCUACUUCUACCUAAUGUUCAACACGGGACCCAACACGAGGCGUCUGACUGUGUCCACAUGGCUGCUGCGGCAGGGCUUGAUCGAUACCAGCCUGACGGCGUCUGUCGCCAACCUACUCGCCAUCGCCAUUGAGCGCCACAUCACCGUGUUCCGCAUGCAGCUACACACGCGCAUGAGUAACCGGCGUGUGGUGGUGGUGAUUGUCAUAAUCUGGACGAUGUCUAUAGUCAUGGGGGCCAUCCCUAGCGUUGGUUGGAACUGUAUCUGUAGUAUUAGUUCUUGUUCCAACAUGGCGCCGCUUUACAGCAACUCCUACCUUAUCUUCUGGGCAGUGUUUAACCUUGUGACUUUUGUUGUUAUGGUGACGCUAUACGCCCACAUCUUUGUCUAUGUGCGCCAGAGGACCAUGAGGAUGUCGCGGCACAGCUCCGGACAACGACGCAACCGAGACACCAUGAUGUCUCUGCUGAAGACCGUGGCGAUUGUGUUGGGUGCGUUCAUUGUCUGUUGGACCCCCGGCCUCGUCAUCCUCCUCCUCGACGUCUUCUGCGCCAACUGCAACGUCCUCACCUACGAGAAGUUCUUCCUGCUUCUCGCUGAGUUCAACUCGGCAAUGAACCCCAUCAUCUACUCGUACCGCGACAAGGAGAUGAGCGCCACCUUCAGGCAGAUCCUGUGCUGUCAGCGGCAGGAGAACGUCAACGGCACGGUGGCUGAGGGGUCCGACCGCUCAGCGUCGUCCGUUAACCACACGGUGCUGAGCGGCAGUUCGCACCCCCACCAUCACCACCGUAACCACAAAAACGAACACUCGGUGGUAUAAAGAAAGGCUGGAGAUGGCGGAGAUUAGUCAAAGGGGUUCAUCUCUAAUUGAAAAACUGACUGAAAGAAGGUAAAGGGCAGCAUGGGAAGGUCUAGAGGGACUUCGUAUGAACUUAAGACGGUGACGUGAUACAUGUAGGUGGAGUAGAGUUAAUGAAGAUUUGGAUGAUGUCUCAAUGAAGAAAAAAGGCAAUUACGAAGAAAGAAGAUAAGACUUUAAUGCUGUGUGGAGGAAGAAAAGUGUGGGAUCUGUUAGUAUUUUUGUUUAGCUGUUAUUUUCAAUUUGUUUUAAGUGUGAUAAGGACAACGCUGAUAUGAACUAUUUAAAAUUAAUCUGUGAAAUGAAGGUAAUGCCAGUAAUAUAGUCUUCUCUAACUGUGUAUCCUGUAGCCUUAUGUUUUAGACUUGAUUUCCCCCCCUUGAUCCCCAUUUUUCAUUUCCAUUCGACAUGUUCCGUACAAACAGCAUGACACUGCCGUCAGAGUUUCCUUCACAUCCUUUUACGGAUUCAGUUUGAGUCUGAACCAAGAUUUAAAACGCUAUUUUUAUUUUUAUUUUAUGUUUGGGAGAAAGCAUUUGAAAUCUUGGGAAAUUCACACAAACAAAUUCAGUUUUGUGUCAUCACGUUCAACUGAAAGUUCAUUUUGGCUAUCUCCAGCAGCUUUUUACUUUGGAACUUUAAGGUUGGUUUCUUGAUACAUUUCCAUAAAAGGAAAGUGAAAACAAUUUUGGCACACCCUGCUGAUUCUGCAAAAAAAAUAAUAUCAAUACUCAUAUGGUCAACAGGUUUAGCAAUUUAGAAAAAGCACUCAAUGAAGGAUUGUUUACAGAGCCACUAUUCAUUUCCACAACAGAUUCAUCACUUUUCUAAUGAAAUUGACCUUACAACCUUACUUACUUACUUACUUUGAGGACUUACAAUUCUACUGAUCAUCUUUUCUUACUAAUGCUUUGGUGAAUCAAGUUCCUUCCUUUGUUCCAACUUAAAUAAACAAGGGGUCCAAAAUCUGUCGUUUAUUCCGUCUAAGGAGUUGGAGACAAGUUGUUCCAGGGAUCUAACCAAAAAAGGGAAGGAGGAUGUUUGUGGUUUUUAGAACAGUGUUAUGUGGAUACAAGGUGAAGGUCAUUUCUGGUGAGCGUUAACAGACUUCAGAUCAUGACAUGAAAUGUGCUGAGUUGUCUGCCUCAAAUGGUUUUAUCAAGGGUCUCUGUGUCCAUGAGGCUGACUGAGGAAUAAGGGUGGGGGUGG